CCCAUAUCUGCUUCCCCUUGUCCUCAGCAGUUCAAUAGACACCAAAGCUUUGACAGUCGGCUGUCGCCACCGGCUUCCUUCAAUCUUCCACAACAUCAGCCAGAGACUCAGCCUCCAACAUGGACCUGGAUGAUUCCACUAUUAAGGGGAGUGUGUUGAUUCGACACCAACUCCAUGAGGGGAAGCACCACUACGAAGUCGGAGAAGUGGUGAAGUACCAAACCAAAACUGAUAGGAAAAUGUUCAUAAGAGGAGAUAAGCUGACGGAGAUAAAUGGGGUUGAUCUUCGGGACUUAGAACCUGAGGAGCUGGCCAAAAUGAUCGCAGAAGGAAAUCCAUUGCUGUCAGUGCAGAAGAGAGAAAAACAGUCUGAAAAGGAGGAGCAGCUGCCCCUAGAUGAGGACACCUUGCAGCCCUACGACAAGGAGUCCACUGUCCUGAGUUUUUCCUGGGAGUUGACGAGGGAGGAAGGUGCCAACGAAGGAGAGGAAAACGAGACAACAGAAUUAGAGGGGAAUGUGUGCCAAGAUAUGAGCAAGGAGAAUGGGGAGAGCAGAGAGCUCCUUGUAAUUCACAUGACGAACACCAGCAUCGCUGUGGUGGGAACCAGGGGUUGUGAAGGAUGUGAGGGGACAGGAUGCACCGUCAGUGACAUCGUGGUGGUGGCAGAAUCCAGCGCAGUGACAUUUGUUCCCAGAGGAGAUGUAAGUUUCAGGCAGGAAAAGCUGGCAGAUGUCUUGAUAAAACAUGUGCCCACUCAUCGCUACCUCAGAACUAUCUGCUCGGAAAAGACCGUCUACUCUUCACCAAAUCCAGAAAAGAUCACUAUCUACUAUUACAAGUCGAAUGCCAUGGAUAAGACGUUCAGAGGAAUUGCAGUGGUCCUAAAUCUCACUGGUUCCAAUUGCUUUCUCAGGUGCUGCAAGGAAGGAGAUAGGGUGCUCCUACAGGUAGAGACGUGUGAAAAGCAGAGACUGAGGCAGAUCUCCAAGAAUGACGACUGCACCUUCUCCUUUGUCUUCUACAUGAUGGCUGACCGCACAAAACAGCGGAAAUUUGAAUCUGCGCUCCACAACGGCUGGUUCAUCCAUGUAGCCAACACUGAUUUGGUGGAAAUGGCUGAGACAGAUGGAGAAAGGGGAGAUUCGUCAUUCCUCUUUAUCAUUCAGAAGUGAGACGGGGUUGUUUUCUACAUGCUUGUACUCACUUUUUGGCCGCCACAUUGUAAAUAUAAAGUUGAGUUCUGAUAGAAGCUCUUUUUGUUUAGCCCAUCUAGUUAUGUGACAAAUACUAAGGUCUCUGUGUGAAACUCUGACUUGGUGGACACGUGUCAUACAGUUGUUUUACUAUCGCUAAGCUUAACAUUUUUUGUUGUUUUAUAUGAUUAAUAUUUCAAAUUAUUCUGAAAAAAGUGACUUUCAAACAACAUUUUUUAUGAUAAAUGAGUGGUUUUCCCCUUUGAUCACAUGUUAGCCCAUCCUUGUGUGAUGUUUUAUUUGAAAUAAUUUCAUGCUAUCUUAAAAGUCCUUAUGAAAUCCAAUGUAAUGUUUCUAUAUGACCUGUUUUUUUAUUAUAUGUCACGACUGCAACUCUAACAUCUUUCCCAGCUGAGACAUAAAAACUGAGCUUAUAAAUAUUAAUAUUUUUCAGAACGGCCUUUUCAUGGAAGUAUGUUAAUUUACACAAAAAAUAUGCACACUUUGUCAAAGAAGGAUUUAUUGAGUCUGACCAAUCAGAGCAGAGUUGACAACCAUUGUUGCAUUGGUAAAUUGUAUUGUGUUCCAAAAAUUGAAGAAUAAUUUUUGGCAUACUGCAGUUUAUUGGAGCAUUUGUUGCACUUUCCCCCAUUUUAAUUUAGUGUAGCAGCAAAAAUAUUGGAUAAAACCUUGUUUUACUAUUAUAGCUAUCAAAUUUAUUUAAAUGAUUUAAAUGACUCCUUGCACUUCAAAAAAAAAAAACAAACAAACUGAAAUGACAUGCUCAAACAAAUUGUGCAUAUUCUGCAUCAACCAGUAAUUUAGAUCAAGAA